AUGUUGGCAUCAAUCAGAGAGCAUCAAAGCAUCAUCGCAUCCUUGCCCAUAGAUUUCUCUUGCCGAAGAGCAGCAUCACAAGGCUUGGCAAUGGAUCAAAGGGCCCUGGCAAUGGAUCGCCAAUCGUGGGUAUUCACCAAACAGGUAAAUUGCUCUUGCGGAGGAGGAGGAAGAGCUACUGGAUCGCUACCAUCACGCUUGCAUUGGCUUCCAUCGCCUAAUAAGCUUCCCCCGAUCGCUCGCUCCGUGCGGAGAUUGCCAAGUCCUCUGGCGGCGGCGGCAGUAAAUACCAACGGUUCUUGCGUGGUUAGAGAGAACCACCGGGAUUAUGUGCAUUGGUUCAGGGAAGCGUGGCCAUACAUCCAAGGCCAUCGCGGCAGCACAUUCGUGAUCGUUGUCCCAGGCGAGAUUUUAGCAAAGCGAGAGACUCUAGACAAUAUCUUGCAGGAUGUUUCACUGCUCCAUGGAUUGGGAAUCCAGAUUGUGCUCGUUCCGGGGGUCCGCGUCCAAAUCGACGAUCUUCUCCGGGAGAGGGGUAGAGAGCCGCGAUAUGUUGGAGCUUACAGGAUAACUGAUGCUCACGCUCUCGAUGCUUCCAUGGAGGCGGCUGGAAAAUUGCGCGUCGAGAUAGAGGCGAAGCUCUCACGAGGACCAAGCAUCCCUGUUCUUCGUCGGCAUGGCGAGAAUGGGAGGUGGCACGAGUCCGGCUUGGGUGUUGCGAGUGGGAAUUUUCUGUCAGCAAAGCGAAGAGGCGUGGUCAAUGGAGUGGACUUUGGAGCGACUGGAGAAGUGAAAAAGAUUGAUGCGGAACGCAUCAAAGAGAGGCUCGACAAGAACUGUAUCGUCCUGAUGAGCAAUCUUGGGUAUUCUAGCACGGGAGAGGUUCUAAACUGCAAUACGUACGAGGUGGCGACGGCGUGCGCGGUGGCUCUUCAGGCUGACAAGCUUUUGUGCCUGCUCGACAGUCCGGUUCUUGACGAGAAUGGAUUUCUGAUUCGCUUCAUGACACUUCCUCGGGCCGACCAGCUGAUAAGACAGCGCGCAAGCCAAAGCUACAUCGCUGCCGAUUACGUGAAGGCUCUGGCGGGGUCAAGCUACGUGAAAAGUCUCGGUCUAGCGGACGUUCCUUUCCCGAAUGAAAGGCGCGGUUUUUAUGUGAGUGCGUCGACCGGCGACUUAGCACUCAGCGAAGAGAACUAUGAUUCCUGCGGGAAGGGGUUUGCUGUUGGUGGCUUGGUGCGGACACAAGGAUACUUAUCGGAGUUGACGGCCUCUGUUCACGUUUGUCGGGCAGGGGUAAGGCGGGUCCAUCUCUUGGAUGGUACCAUUGAGGGAGCUCUUCUCCUUGAGCUUUACACCAGAGAUGGAAUAGGCACGAUGAUCGCAAGUGAUAUGUACGAAGGCAUUCGUUGUGCCACCAAGGACGAUCUUCAGGAUGUAGAGAAGUUAUUGCGUCCUCUGGAAGAAAGUGGGAUACUCGUGAAAAGGUCGCGGGAAAAGUUACGAGGGGAGCUGGAGCAUUAUGUCGUCGUGGAAAGAGAAGGAUCGUUAAUUGCCUGCUGCGCACUGUAUCCUUUCCUCAAAGACAAAUGCGCAGAAGUUGGAGCUUUCGCUGUUUCUCCCGAGUGUCGCGGCCACGGCCAAGGCGACAGCCUACUCGAUUAUGUAGAGCAAAAGGCUGCUGCAAUGGAUUGCCAGUAUCUCUUCCUCUUGACAACUCGCGCCGCAGAUUGGUUCGUUAGCAGGGGAUUUUUCCAGUGCCCCCUGGAGCAACUGCCGGCGGCGAGGCGGUCCGGAAUAGACUUCACGAGAGGCUCCAAGUAUUACAUGAAGUCCUUGCAGCCGCGGCCGUGCAGCAGCGCACAGCUCGCCCUCCAGUUUUGAGGCGAUGUCUCGAGUCUAUACAGUAGAAGAUGUAUACCCGGGCGAGAAUAAUGCGUCAAGCUUUUCGGGAUGGGAGAAACUUUCUUCCACAACUUGGCUGUACUUCUCCGGGAGAGCAUUCGAUCGAUCCAGUCGUCCUCGCGGAAGAGCGAGCGAGCGAAAGAGAGGAGAAAGAAAACUGGUUUCUUGGAAGCGAGAAUUUUGCCGAGCAGUGGUGAAUGCCAAUACAGCCGGUGUGAUUCUUUGGUACAAAAUAAAAAAACCAAGCACACUCCUUUGAAACAUUAAA